UGUAUUUUUGAGCCCAAUGGAAGUUUUACAACGUAGCCGUAUCAAUGGACAUCGCCCUCUUCUCUCCUUCUUCCCUUUUCGCCGGCUCCGACAACAGUUCCUCCGAAGAGGAAAGAAGUGAAACCCAUGAGAAUUUCGUAGAGCGUAAACACCAAUUUCCUGGAAUGGAAUUGCUCGUCCGGGAGUUUUCGUUCCAUCAGUUGAAUGCUAAUCUACUGUGGCCUGGCACAUUUGCAUUUGUUGAAUGGUUGGUUGAGCACAAGCAGUGGUUAGAGGGUAGGAGAGUGCUUGAGCUGGGGAGUGGAACCGGAGCUUUGGCCAUUUUCUUGAGAAAAUCUUUCAAACUCAACAUCACAACAUCCGACUAUGAUGAUGUUGAGAUUGAAGAGAAUAUAGCUUAUAAUUGCCAGGUGAAUGGAGUUACUCCAGUUGUUCCACACAUAAGACAUUCAUGGGGAGAUGUCUUUCCGAAUGCAAAUCCAGAUUGGGACCUAAUUAUUGCAAGUGAUAUUUUAUUGUAUGUUAAGCAAUACCCUAACCUUAUAAAGUCCUUGUCGUUUCUCCUCAACUCUUACAAAUCAAAAUCUAGCAAGGCUAUUUCUUGGAGUAAUGAUCCGAAUGAUUCGUGCCCUCUUACCCGGCCAGCGUUCUUGAUGAGUUGGAGGCGCAGGAUUGGGAAAGAGGAAGAGUCACUCUUCUUUACUGGCUGCAAAGAAGCUGGACUUGAAGUCGAGCAUCUUGGCUGUCGUGUUUACUGCAUCAAGCUAAGCAGUAACGCUUCUCAAUCCAGCUGAAUAUCUUGACACCAUAGCCAAAUCCUGGGAUCGAACAGACUGAUCUCGACUGGCUAGUUUGCUCGAUGCAAACGAGGCGUGGAACGAACUUAUGCUGUCGUGGAGACUACAAGCACACGUUGCCAUGUUACAGAUGGCAUUUGCUUUUGCUAACUUAAGUUCCGUUGUAUUUUUUUGUUGAGAUUUAAUUGAGUAGAAGUGUUUGAUAUGAUGAAAUUAUAACAUUUGUUAAACAUCACACUUUACUCCUCUUUGUGUUAA